GUUUAUGUUCUAAAAUAAAGAUACCUAUACAUAUAUAUAAUUUGAAAAACGUUAAUGCCUUAAACUAUAAUAAUUAUGUAACCAACGUACAAAGCAUUCAAAUGAAAGAAAACUUAUUGGAUGAAAGUAUUUAUAACCAUAAUGUAAACAUAAAAGUGAUAACAUCAGUUAUUGAAGAUUUAGAAAAUAAUGCUUAUGAUAUACCAGAAACUUUAAGUUUAAAAUUGCUUAAGUGUUGUGGACAUGUAUUAUACAAUGAACCUUUAAAAAUACGACAAGAAUUAGCUAAUCGUGUCUGGAACCUCUUGAAAAACAGUUGUAAUUUAACAAUUGAUCAUUAUCAUGCCUUGCUACAAACUUACAUUGAUAAUGAUUAUCGUAUUGAUACAAAAGAGUUUUUAAAAUGUAUGAGAAUUAAACCGGAAUAUGAUACUUAUUGCCUUUUGCUGCAAAUAUUACCAAACACAACUGAUUGUACUGAACCUGAAGGUCUGAUUGCAGAUAUACAAACACCUGAUUCACAUUAUGAUAAGAAAAUCUAUAAUGCAUUAGUAUAUGCAUAUGCAAUAAAUGGAAAUACAAGAAAGGCUGAGGAUAUUAUUAAAUUAAUGAGAACACGAAACAUUCAACCAUCUGCCACAACUUACAUACAUUUAAUGUAUGCAUAUGCGAAAAAUAAUGAUAUUGAAUCUUUAACUCAUAUUCUAUCAACUUACAAACCAUCUAGGGCACAUAUUAUGAAACUUAUUAAAUUUCUUAGUCUAUCAGGACAUGGAAUACAUAUACCAGAUAUUAUAAUUUUCUCGGAACCAUUAACAGUCGAAGAUUAUAAUGUCAUUUCAGUCAUUGUACAACUUGUGCAUGCAGGGCAUUAUUUAGAUGCUUACAAGGUGGUAACUCAUAUUCCUAUAAGAAAUGAAGCUGAACAUAUAAAGGACACUUUUACACUUUAUCUCUUAGAAGAAAUGAUUAAAUUAAACAUAGAUCAAAAAAUUAUAUUACAAUUUAUAAAUGAUUUGGAGAGAAUGAGAGAACAGUGUAUUUCAGAGAUUUUGGAAAAAACAGCUUUAUUAUCUUUGAGAACAAGAAAUGAAACAUUAACCAUUGCAAUAUUUAAUGAAAUGAAAAAAAGAGGAGUUCUUAUUAAUUGUAAUUAUUUUUGGCCUUCCUUUUUAAAUGAAAAUGUACAUGACAGAGAAACUCAUAUUUAUUCAAUUAUUAAGCUGAUGACAGCUCUAGAUGUCAAAAUAGACUCUGAAACACUUACGGAUUAUAUAUUUCCAUACGUUGAUACAAGUGAUCCAAUUGUUACAGUUCGAAAAUUAUUGAAUAAUGGAGUGCCAGUUAAAGAUAUAAUAAUGCCCUUUGUAACAUUUUUAUUAAAUUCUGGUAGAUUGAAGGAAAGUUCAACUGUAUGUUCUUUUUACAAGAAAAAGAUACAUUGUAACAAUUUGUUAGAUUCUAUAUAUUCUAGUUAUACAAAAUCAAAAGACAUUAAUUCCUGUAUAGAUUUUUUAUUUCAGUCAUGUUAUAAUGGUAAUGGGUUUGCUGUAGAAUUUUUAAAAAAGCUCCUAAGCCAUAGUACGAAUGACUUAAAUGAUAUAGCUACAUUUAUUAUAGAAAUGAGUCAUUAUAAAACAGUAAUACCACCUUCUGAUAUGCAAUAUAUAAAAGAUAAAAUUAUCGAAAACCCUUUUUCUAAAAAGAAUUAUAUUUUAAACUUAAUUUCUAAAAUGGCUGCAACUGUUAUGGAUAAUUAUAAUUAUAAAACCCUUAUUCAUCCACAAUUCAUGAGUCCAGAACAAUUAUAUUCGCAUUUUCAUGAACUUAAGUCUGACGGAAAAAAUUAUAGAGGAGUUCUACGAAAAUUAUUAAUGAUGUUUUGUAAUCAAAAUGAUACACGAGUGAAUGAAAUUGUAACAGAACUUAAUGACAAGAAUUUUAAAUGGACACCAGGAAUGAAAUUAUGUUUAUUAGAUUAUUUUGUAAGAAAUAAAAUGCUUGAUGAAGCUUCACUUACACUAUGUGAAUUUCAAUCUGAAUUUCCACAGUUUCAAAUUGAUAAUUUUAAGAUUAUACACUAUGCUACAUUAUUAAUAGAGUGCAAUAAAAUAGAUGAAGCUCUUAAUGUCAUAAAUACAUGUACAGUUAAUCAAAAACCAAAGUCAGAGACAUCAAUCAGAAAAUUAUUAGAUUUAUUAGUCACAAAAGAUACUAGUAGUUAUACUGCAAAAAUGAUAAAUCUUCUUGUGGAACGAGGAUAUUGUGCAGGCUCUGAUAAUAUUCUCAAAUAUUUAAUUCUUGUUUACAUAUUGAGAGAUGAUGUAAAAUCAGCUAUAGACGUUUUCAAACUUUGUGCUGAACAACAAAAGAGAACCCCUGCGAAACAAGAACUUUUAAUAAAAAUAUUGGAAUCGAUUUCAGACUCUUCUUCACCAAACUGGAAUCUUCUGCAAAAUAUUUAUGAUCUCAUAGUAAAAGCGAGUGGAAAAGAAAUAGCAGAUGUGAAUUUGGCAAUAGCAUUUGGUGCAUGUAACAAAAUAAAAGAAUUACAAUCUUUAUUAAAGAAAAACUAUAUAAGAGAGGAUCUUUUAUUGCAUCAACUUCAAUUUUUAAAAACUGAUGUGAUUAUAACAUUUACAUUGAACAUGUUGGAAAGUGUUGAAGAUACGACAAAAAUAAAUUUGGAGUUCAUAUGUCAUUUAGCACUAAAAAUAUGCGAUGAACGGAAUGAUUACGAACGUGCCAUGGAAUUAAAGAAAUGGAUGAAAGAAAAAGAUAUAAAAUGUAAAUUAUUAACAUCAAAUGUACGAUAAAAAAAAGUCAUACAGAAAAAUCUUAUCUAAUAAAUAAGUUUUAAGUUUUGCUUUAACAAAG